AUGGGAGGAUAUCCUUUUACGUGGGAGCAUGGUAAGGAUUCUGAUCAUUGGAUUGAGGAGAAAUUAGAUAGGGUUUUGGUAUCUAACGGUUGGAGGUAUAAAUUCCCUUAUGCUCAGGCAUAUACAUUGGAUAUCACUACUUCUGAUCACUUGCCAAUCUUUCUGGAGGGUGAUAACGAAUUUGGAGGAUCGGUUGAAGGUUUGCGGGUUGGCUUUGUAUUACUAGGCUCUCGUUUGGGGUGGGAUCGUAAUGCUAUUCGUGAAGCAUAUCGAAAGUUCUUGCAACUGCUACAUGACCGUGAGGUUCAGUGGAAGCAGAGGGCGAAAGUUUUUUGGCUUCGGGAAGGAGAUGCUAAUACACGUUUUUUCCAUGCUAUGACUAUAGAUAGGAAGCGAAAAAAUAAUGUGCUUAGGCUUCAGAAUUCGGAAGGAGUCUGGUGUUUGAGAGGGUCGGGCUUGGAAGAUUUAAUGGUUGGCUACUUUCAAGACAUUUUUACAUCACGCAUGGGCAAUAUGGAGCCUAUCCUUGAACACGUUACUGCAUGUGUUACGGAGGAGAUGAAUCAGAAGUUCGUGGAGUCUUAUUCAAUAGAGGAAGUGAAGGCUGCAUUGUUUAGCAUGAAACCUGAUAAAGCUCCAGGCAUUGAUGUUUUUAAUCCUGGAUUUUUCCAAAGUCAUUGGGAGAUUAUUAUGAGCAAAAUGAUAGCGAAUAAGUUGAAGGUUAUGCUGGAUAUUAUUGUCUCUCCAACACAAAAUGCUUUCAUUCCUGGCAGAAGUAUUCAGGAUAACAACAUUAUAGCCUUUGAAAUGAUGCAUUAUUUCAAUAAUAAAAGGAGAGGUAAGGAUUGUUUUGCUGCAUUGAAAAUGGACAUUAGUAAGGCUUAUGACAGGAUGGAAUGGCGGUUUGUCCAAGCAAUGCUUCAAAGUUUGUCUCGUUUGAUUUCAGCUAAGGUAAAUCAGGGUUUGAUUACAGGAUGGUCUAUUACGAGAAGAGCUCCUAUUAUUUCACAUUAUUUUUUUGCAGAUGACAGUUUAGUUACUUUCCAAGCAAGUGGCAGAGAGGCACAUGUGAAGGAGAUUAUGGAUGGGUAUGCUGAGGCGUCGGAACAAUUAAUCAAUUAUUCCAAGUCUUCUAUGUGCUUCUCACGUAAUACACCUCUUGAUGUGCGAUAUAAUGUAUGUUCUAUAUUGGGGGUGAUGGAGCAAAAAGACUUGGGGGCAUAUUUGGAUUUGCUAACGCGAAUAGGGAUUAAUAAGCGUGAGGUGUUUCAGUUUAUGAAGGAUAGAAUGCGGCAGAAACUCAACUCUUGGAAGCGGAGAUCGACUUAUGGCUCGAUUUUGGUGGGGGAGAGGGAGCUCUCACGAACGAGGUAUGCAUUGGAUUCGGAGAUUGAGAGUAAUCCAAGCUACUUAUGGAGAAGUUUGUGGGAGAGUAAGAAGUUGAUUGCAUCAGGUUCUCUCAAAAGAGUUGGACAUGGUAAAAGCAUUUCGAUUUGGGAGGAUCCAUGGGUGCCAUUAAAUUUGAAUGGCGUGCAGAGUCUCUUCUUCAAGAUUGGGAAGCGGCUAGAAGUUGUAGGGAGUUGGUUGUUAAUGCUUCGGUUUGCGUCUAAUGGAAAAAAGCCACUUAUUGAAAGUUUUACGCUAAAUGUUGACGCUGCAUUAUUCCUAUAUCAGCCUCUUAUCUCAGAGAUGAUUUCUAUUUCUAUUAACUUUGUUCGUAAGUCUGCUAAUGGUGUAGCUCAUGUGCUUGCUUGA